GUCAAACGCGCUUUCAACAAGUGGUCGUCGGUUGAGCGUUUUUAGUGGUCGUGUACGGCACCGAGCGAGUGUGACUGAUACCGGAAUCGAAUCGGCUGGUUAGUGAAGACACGCUGGUGAAGUGAAUCGUUAGUGAUAGUGUGUUGCGUUUUGGGAAUACAUUUAUAGAGAAAAAAGUUCUCUAGCCUUAGCACUUCCACGUGUAGCGUGAUGCAGACCGAACAGCAAACCCGUGUCGCUAGCGUUUUCCGUGCGGAGUGUUUUCAGUGAAUUUCCAGUGUGAACAAGAAGAAAACGGGAAAACAAACAAAGUGAGCAAACGAACGAGCUUUUUUUUCUGCGCAUCGUACGGCGAUCAAUCUCUACGGUCGUGUACCAAAAUGUCACGGCUAUCGACGUAUGCUGGCGUUUGUCUGCUUCUGCUCAGCAACUACGGGCCGGCCGUCUGGUGCUACGAAGACACCGCCCCGUACACCGUCCGCCGCCCGCUGGAUACAUUGUUCCGGGCCGGUUCCGCAUCCCAAAAGCAUGUCGGGCCCGUACCGGCUCUAGGUCUGAAUGGUGGUCCCCAUGCUACGGCCCACGAUUCUCACGGUUCAUUAGCGAACGAUCAGCAUCAGCAGCGACAACCGCCCAUUUCCGGACAUCCGUUGGAGCAACCGAGCAACAGGGCCGUUCUGCAUCGGCGCGUGGAACCGGGCGGGCCGGCAUCGGCCGGCAUCCAUCAUCAUCGUUGGCACGCGGAUCAAAGGCCAAACGUGUUCGGGGUCGGGUCGGUGCCAGCAUUCCAGCGUGCCCUUCCGGCAAUCGAUAUUGGCAGCUCGGGUAGCGAGGAUGAUUUCAUUGGCCACGGGGGACCACCGGACGUGUACGAACUUGCCGACCCGUCGCUCGACCCCACGGACAACGAGAUCGGUGACAAUCCGCUGCUGGGCGCACUCGGCGCCAUUAGUGGACCGCGGGUGGUUGACCGCGAGGACGCGACCGACCCACCGGCCGGCCGCAUGAUGGAAAGCAUCGAUCUGAUCCGGGAGCAGCUGGAGCGCAUCAAGCAGGAGGAAGACAUCGAAAUCAAAUCGAAUCUGCUGAUGAAGCUGUUGACGGAAUUGCCCGAGGGACCGCUGCCGAUUGUCUACAUUGAGGAUGCGGCCGGUAAGGCGGGCCCACCCCGACGCACGGACGACGACGAUGACACGGUGGAUGAUGAUGGUGAUGGUGCCGAUGGGGAGGAUGAGGCUGGCGACGAUGGGCAACUGGGUGGAAGAAUCCGAACCGAACCAUUCACACCGAACGGAGGCAAACGGUCCGGGCGCUACUAUCGGCGCUAUCCCUGGAAGCGUCAGAACGCACGCAGCCGAACAUACGAUGCCGAGGCACGCUACCUGUGCGUACCGAGCCGUGAGGACGUGUUCAAGCUGCUCGUCGGACUGCACGAAAACCGGAUCGGCAACCACCAGCGGACGGUCAACUUCUGCAACCGAAAGCGUCCGGCAAAGGCCAUCUUCACAAACAUCCGCUUCCUGGGCUAAGUUUCUCUUGGACAACGCGCACGCACACAAAACAACGGGAACGCCGGGAGAUGUCACUUCGACCUCGGAUAGCUCCAAAAGGGGCUAUUCGAAGGGGAACUUUUCCGGCGUACUCGGGCCCCGUCCUGGUUUUCUCUGGUUUCCUACAACGGGUUUUCAUCACACAACAUCCGAUCUGUUCGGCAGAAGAAUAGCAGCAACAGAAGAAAAAUAUAACAUGAAGUUUUCCAUCUUGUCCGCUUGUGUCCGGCUACACCUUUAACCCCCACCGGGAACCUACGGACUAUUGGGUUCUUGUUCGAUAAGAAUAGAGCUCGGGAUCGUGGCAUCGGACACACACCCAUAUUAUUGUAUACAAUUUAUACCCUCCCCUUUAAGAGAACAAGCAGCAGUAGGAGAGGAAAAUCAAAAGAAAAACUAAACCCAAAAAAAGAGAAGAAAAUUGUAACACAUCCUCUUAUUGUAUUAAUAUCCGUUUUUCCUUCUCCCUCAUGUUGUCAUUAGAUAAGGUUUACCGGUACAUACACGUACAUUUUUCCCCCGUCCAGAGGACCGGGUCGCUCUCACACAUCGGGCCGACUGGAAACGGGGACUUGGGAGACAUAGACUUUAUAGGGCGGCUGGCGAGCAGGGCGAGACUAACUAAGAUUUAAAAAAAAAACUAAAACGGGGCUCAAAGCAAAACAUUUUAAGGCACACUAAACCUGGUUCAUCCUGUACGAUAUAGUAGCUCUGUAUGUAGGUGUAUUUGUGUUGCUCUUUUCGUCCCGAUCAAAGCUCCAACAAAGGUCCUUCCAUUUGGCAGCAUGCAUCCCCCAAAGCAGGGGCGAAACGGGCAGAGAGAGGGAUAGCAAGAGGGGUAUGGUGACGGUGAAUGGCGUUACACUUCCGGUGGCUGCUGGUCUGGGAAAGUUUGUAAUAUUGUAUAAAUAAACACACAUACAUGAAACCAACUUGACAACCAAUUAAUGUUCUUACGAAAGGCAAAGGUAUAAUGAGAAGUUCAGCAAAAAAGAGGAAAAAAGGAGAAAAAAAAUCACACACACACACCCUCAAGUAAGUCAAUCCUCCUCCCAUUUGUAGUUGGCGUAGUUGUGAAUAAAAACAGAAAAGAAAAAAUAAAACCACGAACAAGGAACAGCAAAACUGGGUGGAAAUUAAAUGAUUACAGAAUGAUAACAAGCAGCAACACAAGGGCGUAGAUGGAGCAAAGUAAAGCAGCAAAGCAAAGCAUACAACAAAACGAUACAAUACACGUUUCAAUUUACAUUUCAAACAACAAACAGAAAAAAAACAACUAAAAGUAAAGUAAAGAAUAAAGUUGUGGAAAAUCUUUCACUACAGUAACAUUCAGCAUGGCAGAUUGA